GAAUCAUUCUUCUAAACACAAUAAUCCUCGUUUCUCCCCUCCUCCAUUAAAACCCUCUUUCUCGUUUCUCUGCCUCUGUGUUUCUCUCUCCCGGCCCGUCUACGUUCCUUUUGCAUAAACAGAUGGCUCUCAAAGCCGUUCAUGUCUCCGACGUCCCAAAUCUCGACCAGGUCCCCGACAAUGCCUCUCUGUCUCUCUAUUCCACCCGCUUCCCCAAAGGUGUGGAUAUGGGGAGGGGUAAUGCGUACAGGAUACCCAAAUUUUUGGUGAUAGGGCACAGGGGCCACGGCAUGAACGUCUUGCAGUCUUCCGAUAAAAGAAUGAGAGCCAUAAAAGAGAACUCGAUCGCGUCCUUCAACGCUGCCUCCAGUUUCCCUCUUGAUUUCAUCGAAUUCGACGUCCAGGUGACUAAAGAUGGCUGCCCAGUCAUUUUCCACGACGACGUGAUUCUCUCUGAAAAGAACGGUACUGUGUUUGAGAGAAGGGUUACAGAACUUUCUCUUGCAGAAUUCCUUUGUUAUGGUCCCCAAAGUGAGCCCGGAAAGGAGGGAAACACCCUGCUGAGAAAAACCAAAGAUGGCAAAAUUCUGAAGUGGGAUGUUGACACGGAUGACCCUCUUUGUACCCUUCAAGAGGCAUUUCAGCAAGUGGAACCCUCGUUGGGCUUCAAUAUUGAGUUGAAAUUCGAUGAUCACAUCGUCUACCAGCCAGAUUAUCUCAUCCAUGUCAUCCAAACCAUUUUGCAGGUGGUGUUUGAGCACGCUAAAGAUCGAGCCAUUCUGUUCUCGAGCUUCCAGCCAGAUGCGGCACUUAUCGUUAGAAAAUUACAGAGCACCUUCCCUGUCUUCUUUUUGACAAAUGGGGGUACCGAGAUUUACUACGAUGUGAGGAGGAACUCCUUGGAGGAGGCCAUAAAGCUGUGUUUGGAGGGCGGUUUGCAAGGAAUUGUCUCAGAGGUUAAGGGAGUUUUUAGAAAUCCAGGGGCAGUGACCAAGUCCAAGGAGGCCAAUCUUUCAUUCCUUACAUACGGCAAAUUGAAUAACGUGCCUGAAGCAGUUUACGUGCAACAUCUAAUGGGAAUCGACGGUGUGAUAGUCGAUCUAGUCAGAGAGAUCACUGAAGCAGUUUCCGAGAUGAUAAAGCCAUCCAAGGCUGGUGAAGAGGAUGGGAAGUUGCAGGCAGCAGCGAAGCCUCAGUUCUCGGAGCGGGAGCUUGCAUUUCUCCUCAAGCUUAUUCCAGAGUUGAUUCAGCACUAGUCCCUGGCUCUUACACUACUACACACCGAAUUGUUUUUUGUUUUUGUAUUUUAUCUAAAAUUCUUAGGCGUGGAGGUUACCACAUAAAUUACAUUUGCAUUGUACAUAAAUUGCUCAUUUCCAUCUCC